AUGUCGGUUCGAUUCGAAUUUCAAAAGAAUCCCAACAAGAAAGUUAGUAACGGCCAUGCGGGUUCCAAGAGCAAUCGACCAAUCCCCGUCCUUGAUAACGACUCUAAUACUCAUACUCACAGUAUCGUGGAGGCCAUCACCAACUGUAUUGACCCUCAGCAGCCGCUUGGUGAAUCAAGGACCGCGGGAACCCAAUCCCAUACAAAGCAGUCGACAAUGUCACAAGAACCCUGCAUGUCGUCCUCGGCCUGCACGCGCUCCUCUAGUCCGUCCUCUCGUACCGACUCUCAAUAUUCCACUGCCCCCAUCGGCACUACUCAAGAUACUACCGUAUCUAGUGUCGGCGGAUGUACUGGGGGUGGUGAGGCAUGGCUGCAGCUCAAAGCGGUCGACAUACCCUCCAGUUACCAGCUCGGAAGUCUGAAUGUAAACAAUACAGUAGCUCUGGAGUUAUUCCAACAGUCAGUAUUAAUAUACCCUGAAGGCGAAUUUAAGCUUGCCAGAGAACCGAACUGA